AUGAUGAAAUUAUCAGCGCCAAUCAAACUACAAAGUGUUAAAUGAUAAAUGAUAAAAAUCUGAAAAUCUUGCUACCUCUUUAAAUCUCCCUUCUGAUUCAAAAAAGAUCCUCCUGGCAGCCAAUCAUAAAGAGCUGAGGCCAGGGGACAGACUCAUAUUAGUCACAGCGUCACAGCACUGACCUCUUCUUCUCUCCAGGAUGCUGCUCUUGAUCGGCCUGAUCGUCUUCGUCUCUGCGGGCUUCUCCAUGGAGAUGAACCAGACCUCCAAGCUGCUGACGGAGAGCGGAGAGCAGUGCUCGGCCUGCGACUUCCGGGAGCACAGCAAACAGAUGAGGCUCCACAGCAUCAAGUCCCAGAUCCUCAGCAUCCUGCGGCUCGAACAGGCGCCCAACAUCAGCCGGGACAUGAUCCGCCAGCUGCUCCCCAAAGCGCCUCCUCUGACGCAGCUUCUGGACCAGUACGACCCGCGGGUGGAGGACGAGGACCACGCCACGACGGAGACCAUCAUCACCAUGGCCACCAAGCCCAACCCGGUCGCCCAGGAAGCCCCUGGGUCCUCCUUCUGUCUGUUCAGCCUCAGUCCAAAGAUCCAGCCUAAGAACAUCCUGAGCGCUCAGCUGUGGGUUCACCUGCGGCCGGCCGACAUGGUCACCACAGUCUUCUUGCAGAUCUCCCGCCUCAAACCGGGUAAGGAGGGAAACAACACCCGUGUCAGAGUCCGCUCACUGAAGAUCGACACUGACGCCGGCGCCGGCUCCUGGCAGAGCAUCGACAUCAAGUCUCUGCUGCAGGCCUGGCUGAGACAACCGGAGACCAACUACGGGAUCGAGAUCAACGCCUUCGACUCCAGAGGAGAAGAUCUGGCUGUGACCUCAGCAGAGCCUGGAGAGGAAGGACUGCAACCAUUCAUUGAAGUGAAGAUCCUUGACAGUCCGAAGAGAUCCCGCCGUGACUCGGGCCUCAACUGCGACGAGGAAUCUGUGGAAACGCGCUGCUGCCGCUACCCGCUCACCGUCGACUUUGAGGAGUUCGGCUGGGACUGGAUCAUCGCACCCAAACGCUACCGAGCCAACUACUGCUCAGGGGAGUGUGAGUUCAUGCACCUGCAGCAGUACCCUCAUGCACACCUGGUGAACAAGGCCAACCCACGGGGUACCGCAGGGCCCUGCUGCACGCCCACCAAGAUGUCGCCCAUCAACAUGCUAUACUUCAACAGAAAGGAGCAGAUCAUCUACGGAAAGAUCCCGUCCAUGGUGGUCGACCACUGCGGCUGCUCGUGAGGAAAACAUCCUGCAGGACUAUAGGUUUCAUCAUCGCAGCGCUGAUUUCAGCAAAAGUGGUGGAAACAUUCGGAAAUGUCACAAAGAAAAUUCAAACUUAGACACAGUAGUUUGUGGAAAGAAGCCGAUGAACAGUUUUCGCAGGAGAGUAUUUUCAAGGAAAGGGCUCCAAAAGUUUUACACUUUAUGCUUUUAUCCAAAAAAACACCAAUAUGUAACAAAAACACAGUAGAAAUUCUGCACUAAUCUAAACUUUAGAAAUGCUGCUGAAACUGAUGAAUCGGUUGUAGUUUACACUUGACAUGAAACCAUUUUUAAACAGAUUUGGGGGCAGCAGAACAGUCUGUGAGCACAACAUUGACAUAGGCUAAUAUCACCUUUUAAGUUUGUAUCUUGAAUUUAGCAAACAGUUUAUUAUUUACUCAUCCAGCAGACACAGAGCAACAUUCAUUUUGAGCCGUGUUUGUGUCCAUUUGAUGAAUGUUUGUAUUGGGGCAAAAUUAAACCUAAAUCACAAGUCAGGUAGAAGGUUUGACUCAUAUUCCAGUAUUUUGUAAUACUCUUGUUCUGUAAUUAACUCACAAAUCCAACGAAGGGCGGAGAUCUGAUCUGGUUUUGACGGUUUAUUAACAUCUUUAUCCAUUCAGAUAUUCAAUUUACAUCCACAAGGUAAAUCCCACUGAGCUUGUUCGUCCUUGUUUGUGAUGAUGCGAGUUAUACGAUGCGUUAUGCGUUGUUAUGUGUUUCCAUUCAUAAAGUUAGCUAACUCGCUUCCACCAUUUUGUUGGAUAUCUCUCUAUGUGAUAAUAUGCGCAUAACAAAAAACUCAACUCUGAUAUUUAUAGUCUUACGGUUUGUGUCUCUUUUACCGUAGCUCUGUUUUUGGUCUCUACUGGCUCUUUAGCUGCUAAACACUCCACUAUGUUCACCAGCUAUAGUCGCCAACUUUGUAGGUAGUGCACAGUGGGUUUUUAGAGCUUUUUCUAUAAAACAGCUUCCUGCUGCACCUGAAAACGACUCUAUGAAAGCAGUGAAAGUGAACCAAAACAGUAAAGUUGCAGGAAGACCAAAACAAUGUGCUGAAAGAUACUAAAACGUUCUAUAGAGUUGAGUGAAUUGGCAGAGUUCUCCCUGCAGUAGUUUCAUGUGAGGCUAUGUAUGCUUUAAUGAACACAAUCUUGUAAUCCAUGAGCCAGCUGUCUGAUGAAAAAUUCAGCCUUUGAGGGCAAAGGCCAAUAUUUCCAGGCUUCCAGUGUAGCCAGCGGAUGUCUGGGUAGCAGAUAACAGCCAAGACUUCCUCUUCUGUGCACGAUCCAGACAACAUUUCGGCUUAUCUCUACAAACAGAUAUAUGAAUAUCAAUGCAGAACAAUUAAAAAAACACUAAUAAAAGCUGAAUUGUCGUCAGACAAUAGCUGAUGGGUUCCGAGAAUACAUUUCAGCCAAUGUGUUCUGCCACUUUUGCUCUCCACAUGGACUGUUUACCUGCAUGCAACCAAAGCCCACUCAAAUGUGAUUGAUCAAUACUACUCGGACUACAAAUGGACUACAAAUGGACUACAAAUGGAAACCAGAACGCUUCCAGUACCACAAUCUUGUCCUGUUGGCUACAGAUUCUGAAUUCAUAUGCUGAUUUCUGUUUAUAGAGAUUAUAAUGAACACAAAAACACAGAUAUGAAUUUGCCUAAAUUCAUAUAAGUAUACUAUAUAUUUUUAAAAAAUCCAUGUUAUAAAUUAUCUUUAACACAAAUUUUAA